GUCGGUGGUGACCUUCAUGGCAGACGGUAGCAUAGUUGUUGGUGACGAGGCAGUUGAGAAUCGAGGCCGGUACCCCCAACACACCAUCUUCAAUGCCAAGCGAUUCAUCGGUCGCCAGCUGGGCGAGGUUUCCGCAGAAGCUGCGGCCCACGCCUAUAGAGUUGUGGGAAACUUUAGCCGCCACUCAGAGGAGCCAAGCGCUGGCAAUCUGAGUAGCGCAGCGGGCUUUGGCAUCGCCUUCAGCAGUGGAAGCGAGAGGUGGGUUUCUCCUAUCGAAGUCGGCUCGGAAGUAGUUAGGCAUAUGAAGCGAUCUGUUUCACGUCACCUUGGUUUCGACAUUUCGCGGGUUGUCAUUUGCGUUCCGGCAAAGUUUGGCUAUGCAGAAACCAAGGCAACGCAGGAAGCCUUUGAACAAGCCGGGAUGAAGGUCAUGCGCAUUCUCGAGGAGCCCACAGCGGCAGCGGUGGCCUACAACCUGCACCAAGGUGAAGGCGUGAGACAUGUGCUGGUGUACGACAUCGGUGGUGGCACCUUAGACACCUCCCUUCUCUACAUGAACGGGAACGCUGUCAGUGUCCUAAGUGUUGCUGGCGACGAUCAUCUGGGUGGCUCCGACUUUGACACUCAGAUGCGACAGCUCCUGGAAGCGAAGCUAGAGCGCGAUGAAGCGCGGACUGUGCCAGCUGGCGCCGGCAAGGCAAGAAUCACUACUGCUCCCCAUGCAACUGCACCAGAUGUCCGGUAG